GGGCAAGAGGAGGAAAACUUGACAUAGAGUAGAGCAGAGUACGACAAGUCAAUGGCCGCCCCUUCAUUUCUUCUUCUUCAAUCUUCAUUGCCUUUAUUUUAACAGAAAAUUCAAUGCUCUCUUCUCCCUACUUUUUAAACACAUACUCUCUUCCUAAACAAAAAACCCCAAUGCUAAAACAUGGCAAAUGCUUCUCUAACUCUGUUUCUGUUUCUGUCUCUGUUUCUCUUCUCUUCACCGUCUACGGCUGUUGAUUUCAUAACUUCCUCACAGAACCUUACCCAUGGCGAUACUCUCGUCUCAGCAAAAGGGUUUUUCGAAUUGGGUUUCUUUACCCCAGGGAAUUCCACCAACCGCUACUUGGGAAUUUGGUACAAAAUCAUCCCAGUUCGUACAAUUGUUUGGGUCGCCAACAGAGAAAACCCCAUCAGAAAUUCUUCUGCCGUUGCUGUUCUCAAAAUCAACUCUACCUCCAGCGAUCUCUUCCUUUUCGAGAAUGAUGUUGUUGUUUGGUCUGGAAAAUCGUUGAAACCAGCCAAAAGUCCCAAGCUACAGCUCUUAGACGAUGGAAAUCUGGUGUUGAAAGACGCUGAAUCGGAGGAAACUUCAUGGCAAAGCUUUGAUUACCCAACCGAUACAUUACUCCCCGGAAUGAAACUUGGAUGGGACUUCAAAAACGGAAUCCAACGGCGAUUAUCCGCUUGGAAAACCUCCGAUGACCCAUCUCCAGGGAGUUUAACGAUGGAAAUGAUGAACACCAGCUACCCAGAACCAGCAAUGUGGAAUGGGUCGAACGAGUACAUGAGAAGCGGACCAUGGAACGGUCUUCAAUUCAGCGCAAAACCCACAUCGGCGUUACCGAUUUUAGUUUACAGCUAUGUAAACAACAAAUUCGAGCUGAGUUACAGCUACGAGCUCAUAAACUCUUCGUUAAUCGGAAGAAUGGUGUUGAAUCAAACGAAAUUCAGAAGAGAAGCUUUGUUAUGGUCUGAAUCUGAGAAGAAUUGGAAGUUGUAUGCGACUAUGCCGAGGGAUUACUGCGAUACAUAUGGUCUUUGUGGUGCGUUUGGGAGCUGUGACAUUGAGCAAGUUCCUGCUUGUCAAUGUCUAUUCGGGUUUCAUCCUAAAGUACAAGAGAAAUGGAAUUUGAUGGAUUAUAAUGAAGGGUGUGUGAGGAAUAAGCCUUUGAAUUGUUCUGAUAAAACUGGGUUUGCAAAGUUGCCAGGGUUGAAAUUGCCUGAUACAAAACAAUCUUGGGUUAAUGAAAGUAUGAGUUUGAAUGAAUGUAAAGAAAAGUGUUUGAGGGAUUGUUCUUGUGUGGCUUUUGCUAAUACCGAUAUUAGAGGAUCUGGGAAUGGUUGUGCUAUUUGGUUUGGGGAACUUGUUGAUAUCAAAGUUGUUCGAAAAGGAGGCCAAGAUUUGUAUGUUAGAAUGUUGGCUUCUGAAUUGGAGACAAAGAAGACGAGUUCAGCUGUCGUGGGUAUUAUCGUCGGAGCAGCCGCUCUAGUGAUUCUGGGUUUAGUUUUGAUUGGGUUUUACGUGAUCAGAAGCAAAAGAAGAAACCUCGAAGUUGCAGGAAAGGAUCUUGAAGGGCAAGAAGACGAUUUGGAGCUUCCAUUAUUCGACUUAGCUACAAUAUCUAAUGCCACUGACAAUUUUUCAAACUCCAACAAGCUUGGAGAAGGUGGCUUUGGUGCAGUCUUUAGGGGUAGACUUAAAGAUGGACAAGAAAUUGCAGUUAAGAGGCUUUCAAGCUAUUCAAGACAAGGGACAGAUGAAUUCAAGAAUGAAGUGAUACUCAUUGCCAAACUUCAACAUAGAAAUCUUGUAAAACUUUUGGGUUGUUGCAUACAAGGAGACGAAAAGAUGUUGAUUUAUGAGUACAUGCCUAAUAAGAGUUUGGACUCCUUCAUUUUUGACUCUGCUAGAAAGAAGCUUUUAGAUUGGUCGAAACGAUUCAAUAUCAUAUGCGGAGUAGCUCGAGGUAUUCUUUACCUUCAUCAAGAUUCAAGAUUGAGGAUUAUACAUCGGGAUUUAAAAGCAAGCAAUGUCUUGCUUGAUAUUGACCUAAAUCCAAAAAUCUCGGAUUUUGGAAUGGCUAGAACGUUUGGAGGGGAUCAAACCGAAGGAAAUACUCAGAGAGUGGUUGGAACAUAUGGGUAUAUGGCACCAGAAUACGCUAUAGAUGGACAAUUUUCCAUUAAGUCGGACGUCUUUAGUUUUGGAAUUCUAAUGUUGGAAAUCAUAAGUGGAGAGAAGAAUAGAGGUUUUUUCCGUCCUAACCACGCUCUCAACCUGAUUGGACAUGCAUGGAAAUUAUGGAAUGAAGGAAAACCAUUAGAGUUGAUUGAUGCAAGCAUUGGAGAAUCAUAUGCUUUAUCAGAAGUGCUGAGAUGCAUACAUGUUAGUCUUUUGUGCUUGCAGCAACUACCUGAGGAUCGGCCAACCAUGUCAAAUGUAGUUUUAAUGCUAAGUAGUGAGAGCUCAUUGGCACAGCCAAAACAACCAGGUUUCUACAUGGAAAGAGAUUCUCUUGAAGUAUUUUCUGUUUCUGGCAAGAAUGAAUCUUCUACUACAAAUGAAUUAACUAUUACGCUCUUGGAGGCUAGAUAAUAAAGACUCGAUCUACCCUUUUUCUCCAACUUCUACCUAACUUUUUCAGUGCUUUAUAUAUUGUUCUUCCUUUGCAUUUUCAUGUAAAGUGAGUUUUCAGUUUUUACUUUGAUAUAAUUGUAAGAUCAAAAGAUCAAAGUUAAGUAGAUAUAUAUAAAUAUAUAUAGCCUUUUUACUCGAA